GGUUGUACCAGCCAGAAUACAUGUACGUGUUACGCGGCUAAUUUUGUAAGAGGCCAGUGUAUCGACAGGCAUUGAUCACCUGUAAACAACACCCGUGUAUCCCGAUCUAUCUUCAUAUAUCUCCGUCAGACUGUGACAAAAAUCCAAGAUGGCUGACAGGACCAAGUCCCCACAGCGGGGUCAGACUCCAUCAAUCAAAGCGAGCCCGACUCCGUCUUCCCCUCCACGAGGAAAACGUACACCAUCUCCUCCCAAGAAAAGUCCAUCACCUUCACGAAAACCUUCUCCAAGUCAGAAGCGCAAAUCAUCCCCAAGUGUCAAAAGUGCUGAAAAGAACAGAAAACCAUCCCCAAAAGGAAAACGGAAAACCACGCCAAAAGAGUCUCGACCUAAAACUCCACCAAGCCGGAAGUCAUCGUCACUGAAGAACCAGAAGGCAGCCCCACAGAAGACCCCUGACCUGACCGAGAAGGGACUGAAGGUCGUGGAUAUGUCAGGGCAGGGAAUGACGUCGGUACCCGGUUCGUUGUUGACAGCUCCAGAUAUUGGAGAACUCUGUCUGGCAUCCAACAACUUGCGAUCACUCCCCUUGGACAUAAGACGUCUGACUCAUCUGACUAAACUGGACAUCAGCCGUAACGGCAUCCGCUGUACCAGCCCUCAAGACUUUGGCGGCCUGCCAUCUGAGAUGGAACAGCUGACCUGCCUCGAGGAGCUGAAGAUCUCUGAAUGCAACCUGCCAUUCAUACCUCCAGCAAUAUGGCGGCUCAUCAGUCUCCAAUACCUCGACAUCAGUCGGAACAAGAUCAACGUUCUUCUUCCAGACAUCGGGAAUCUGACUCGGCUUCAGCGUCUCAAUCUCCAACAAACGAACAUUUCAUCACUGCCCCCAGAAAUUGCUUUCUGCCAGGAUCUGGAGGAAAUUCUACUGUGGGGCAACUCUAUCGAGAGUCUGCCUGAAACCUUGCCUGAGAUGCCAAAGCUACGAACAAUGGCCAUCAACUACAGAAGUUUCUGUGGUGUUGUUGAUGACUACAUGGAAAACCUGCUCAGAAAAGGACAAAUUAAAUCCGAGCAUAUACCUGUUGUAGUGUUUGAAUUACCUUCCCUUGAAUGCCUUGACCUUGAAAGUACAAAGCUGAACAAUUUGCCUGAUGUGUAUAACCUUGCUUUGAAGGAAUUCUAUCUGUGCAAAAACUUUUUACAAACAAUCCCAACGUCCAUCUACAAUCUGAAGUAUCUGUCAGUGCUGGACCUGUCCAACAACCUCAUGUUGAACCUCCCAGAGGACAUAGGACGCCUAAGAAGUCUCCAAAUACUGCGAGUGAGCCAAAAUAUGUUUGAGAAAGUUCCUCCAACAAUAGGACUUCUUGGUAACCUUGAGGAACUCAACAUGGCUGGUAACAGAAUUCGCCGUCUGCCUCCAGAGAUUCGAGGACUUUUCAAGCUGAAGACAUUGAUACUUGCUCAGAAUGACAUCCAGUCAUUACCUAAUGAGAUCUGUGAUCUCACUGAACUAGAAACUCUGGAUUUGACAGGCAAUUCAAUCCGACAGUUGCCCAUGAAGCUGUACCUCCUGAGCAAGUUGACAGUCGCUCACUCAUACAGGAAGUACAAGAAGUACGGACUCUGGCUCUAUAAGAAUCCACUGGAACAGCCUCCACCCCAAGUGUGGAGGACAGAGAAACCAGAACAUAUCUACGACUACCUCAAAAAGUUGGCCAUCAUAAAGACAGAGAACCUCCAGAGGCAGAAGAUCCUUCUCCUGGGUGCGAGUCAAUCUGGAAAGACCUGCCUGGCCAAUCUACUGGCUCUCAAGAAGUCCAGUCUGACUGAAGGUCUGGCAGACCGAACCAGAGUCCUACAGACUAUGCUGUGGAAAACUGACAAUAAUGUUGAGUUCAUGCUGUAUGAUUUCGGAGGCGAUGACACCUAUAUGAUUACAACACCACUCUUCCUCGACUCAAAGGCUCUAGUUCUCCUGGUCUACAAUUGUGCUAGUUUUACAGAGGAAGACUACGACACAGCAAUUGGGCAGUGGAUUGAUCUUCUCAACACACAGGCUCCAGGAGCAGUGGUCAAGAUCAUAGCAUCUCAGUGUGACCUUCUACAGACAUCACAGCAACUCCUUGAACAACAGAAGAAACACAAAUCUGAGCCUGAGGAACUACCCAAAGAAGAUACUGGUAAAAAGAAGAUGAAUCCAUCAAAGAUAUCACCACCAAAGAAGAUGUUACAACCAAAGACAUUGUUGUCACAGAAGAUGAAGCCAAUGAAAAUGUUCACAUGAAAACAGAUGAAACCGUCAAAACUGAGGUAACAGAAGCUGAAACUGAAGCAGCAGAUGCCCAAGAACCUAUAGCAGAGAGCAACGCUGUUAAAGAAACUGAAGGUUCC